AUGGCAGCCCCUUUGGCUUUCAACACUAAACAGCAACAUUAUGCAACAAAACCAAAACCACAUUCAAAUCUUCGACAACAACAACCACAGCAACACAGUCUUAACUCCUUUACAGGCGUUUGGGGUGAACAAUUUCACAUUCAUCAAAUGGUGAUGAUUUAUGAUCAAAAAUACGCAAGGGUUCCUAGCGUUGAUUUUCUACAAGAAACAAUAUUUAAACUAGAUCAACAACAACGAGAAUGUUUAGUUAAAUUUGAUUACAACCAGUUAAGUGGUUACGUUGCAUUUGAUGAUGUAUUUCAAAUGUCAUUUCAAGGGUUAGAAGAUGAUGAUAUGGAUCAUGAUAAAUUAGCAUGUUUGAAACGUAUUCAAUCAAUGGAAAUUCAUCCGUCACCAGUUAUGAAGAACAACAGCUUAAUAGUACAGUCGAAACAUUUAAAUGAUCAACGAUCGACAGAUGGAUCAGAAUGGAUCGAUUUACGCGAAAUAUAUGAUCAUCCGUUUGAUAGUCGAUAUAAUUCCAGUGAAGAUGAUGACGAAGAAGAAUACUCAAAAGCAAAUUUCCAACCCAUAAUCCCUAUUGUAACGCCAGCAACAGUAAACAAACAUUAUUUCCAUGGCCAACACAUACGUGAUUUUGCCUGUUAUCUUCAAACUCAAUACUCAAUCAUUAGAAUUAGAAAAUUACAUUUCCCGGAUCACGGCACCAAAUGUUAG